AUGAAUGAACUUAAUAAACUUUGCAGCAUAAAGAGGGUUGUUAGUGAGCUGGUCAAAGAGAAGGCUGAGGCGCAGGACUACUACUGCUGCCUUCUCGCCAGCGAGAUAGAGUUCUCCACAAAGGACGAAAUAUGGAUGGCUCUGUGCAUAUUGAAAGAUAAAGAUAAGACACCAGGGUUUGAAGUCCUUAAAAGCCUCAUUAUGAAGGUUGUUGCAAACAAAAGGGCGGCAACGUCCCAGCACUACAAAGUGUUUUUGGGGAUCGUAGAAGAACUCCCGGACAGCGCAGAGAUAGUCGCGUCUUUGCUCCUCGAGCAAGAGGAGUCUGUGCUUGUAAAAGAAACAAGAAAAUAUCUAAAGUCAAAAGACGAGACAUCGAUGGAGGUGCUCUCGUGCAUUGCCAAGAAGGUCGCGGUGUCCAGCCCUGUGUUUGGCGCGCUUGUGGCGCUGCUUCCGUACUACUACAACGUGCACAAGAUCCAGUCUGUGCAGCUGAUUGGGGGCAUUUUGAGCCGGCUCAGCUCCUCUGGCAUGAUAAGCGCGCUGGCGUCUUUUUACAAAAGAGAGCAUUUAUAUGGGGCCAUUUGCAUGGCGGCGCUGGCGUGCAGCGCCCUGGACGUGGGGCUGUGCAGCGCGGUGGGGGCAGCCAAAGACCAUCUGCUGGGCAAGGACGCCAGGCAGUCGCUGAAAAAGCUGAACCGGCACAGAGGGUUCUAUGUUUCGCUGUACGUUCUGGCGAUGGGGCUUUUGUACUGCUCAGGGGACAUUGGCAGCGCGUUCAUCGAGGAGCUUGCAGUGCUGCACGGGGCAUGCGUCUGGCCAGGCAUUUUCCCGUCUCUGGAGAAGGUGUUCAGGAUGGCCGCAGGGCCGAAAAAAGAAAGCAUAGGGAGGGCGGCGGUCAGGAUAGUUGCCAAAAGAGGGCAGGUAUGUGGGCAUGCGCUGGCCAUUAUAAAGGAGCUUGACGCGUCGCUGGUGGACGUGGAGACCGCUGCAAGCCUGAUAGAGGUGCUUCUUUUGAGCAGAGAGGGCGGCGCUCUCGAUGUCGCGCAGGCCUGGAUGCGCUCAGCGGGCCUGCAGGAGGCCUUUUCCAGGCGGAUUUUGUCCGAGGAAAAGCCAAGCGCGUACUUCCACACAGUAGAGCCCGACUUUCUAUCAGAGAGGGAGCAGGCCAUAUACUGCAGCAGGCUCCUGGACGCCGUGCUCGCUGCUGCGCCGGAAGAGCUCUCCAGGCUCGUGCAGAAAGCGCACACGCUCAGCAUAUGCGCAAAGCAGAAGGUGGUGGAGGCGCUGGAGGCGCGCCUAGACCGGGCAUCGGAAAAGAGCAAGCAGGUGCUUUUUGCAGAGAAGAUGGCGGAAAUAGUGGAAAUGGAGAGGCUUCCUAGGCUUCUGCGCAUAGACACAGAAAAAACAAAGAAAUGCAUUGAGCAGCACUACCGGAUACUGAAGGCGCAGAACACGCCGGAAAAAAUCGCCCUGCACGAGAUACAGCAGAGCAUAAAGAGAGACAGAGAGUUCAAAAAGGGGACAAAGCUUUUCUACUGGGGCGUGCACAUGUUUCCGCAAGAGAUGAAGCAUGCAUACAUGGGCGUGCACAUGGCGAUCUGCGAGAGCAUAGCCCGGCGAGAGGUGAAAGACUACACAUACUCGUUCCGCAUACUGCGAUGUGGAAUAGAAAAGGAGGUUGCGCCAGACGCUAGAUACUGCGGCAUAUUCACGAACGAGGUUGCAAUGUGGCUUUACAGAGAAAAGGAGCUUGUGGUCUCGCUGAACAGCUACCUGGAGGCGCUGUGCGCCUACUCGGAGAAAUACCUAAUAGCAUGCACAGGCUCGAUAGAGCACAUCAGAAGGCACAGCACAGUGCGGUGCACCAUUAUGUCUUGCAACACUGCGCUGCACAAUUUGCAGGUCCUGCAGGCACAAAACGCCGCCUCAGAGCAGGCCGGAGUCCCGCAGUGCGCACAAGAGGCCAAGCGCAUGCCAAACAUUACAGAUAGGAUCCUCCUGUGCGUUAUGCACGUGAUGGAGGCGCACCAGGACGCAAGCCUUCUUUCGGUGCUGUCGGCGGGUGCAGCGUCCAGCGCCUCGUUCAGCGCCAAAGACAGGCACGGGCUGUUUAAAUAUGUAAUUCAGCGGCUGCAGCACACACAGCCGCGCAUUCUGGCUGCGCUUCUGUCGAUAUACCCAGACGGAUGGAAGGACGUGCUUGCCUUCACAGAAAGAGCCCCUCCGGCUCUUACGGCAGACUAUCUUACAAUGACGGAAAUGCUGCUUCUUUUAUGCAAAGAGCCGCAUAAGCUGGCUAGGCGAAUCGAGCGCCUUGACGAAAAGUACAGCUCCAUGAUCAAGCUGGAGCGCAACACGCACAAGCAGUACAUAUCCCUAAAGACGGCAGAGGCGCGGCUGUGCAGCACAGCAGCGGAGCGCACAGUCGAGGCCAUUCUGAAGAAAAUAGAAAGGGACGGGGUGGAAAAAGAGCUGUUUGCUUCCGUGGCGGGCCUGUUUGCAAGCACGUGCAUGGACCCCGAGAGGAUACAGGAGGAAAUCAAGAGGCGAGUAAACAGAAAGACCGCGCCGUUUUUCCUGCCUAUUCUCUACAAGAUGCAGGGCCCACAAGAAGUUCCCGAGAUGGUGAAUAUCCCGCUUGCAGACAGCCUCCGGCCUGCAGUUAAAACCGAAGUUGUCCAGCUGCUCCGGCAGGAGGAGAGCGUGCUUAUAAACUCAAGCCGGUAUAUGCUGGUUCAGGAGCAUGCCGAGCAGCUCGGCGCAGCCCGAAACCCCAAGGGAAUUAUGCUGUUUUUUCUGAAGGAGUCGCCCAGCCCUUUGCUUGCAGCGUUUGCAAAUAGCGCGGAGGCGUCGCCCGAGCUGCUUCUGGACCUGUUCCCAAUUGCGCUCGACACCGCGCUCAGGGAGAUGCCCCGCACUCUGAAAAGAAACAUGCUGGGCGCGCUGGGCGAGGUGGCGCUGUUGCUGGACAGCACGCAGAAAAUGAAAGGGGUGCUGCAGGAGGGAAUAGAGUAUGUGAUAAGGGAGUCUAUGGGCUCGCUGGAAAUCGAGCAUAUGCUGAAGUACAUCGCCCCAGAGCGAAGAUACCUGUAUGCAGGAAACUUGGCGCCAGCUGAGAACAUUGCCAAGCUGAAGUAUCUGCAGAAGCAUGACCCUGAGGAGGCAGACAUUUUCCAGAUGUAUUUGAAAAACAACGACAGCGACGCCGGCCCGCUUGCAGACUGCUCGGAAGAGGCGCUGAAAGAGGCGUGCAUGCUGGGCAGCUUAGAGAAGGCAGUGAGCGCUGCUGCUUCUCUGCUGAGCACCUGGGAUGCCCCGCAUGUGCCAGAGCUUCUGGCUGUUUACCGCUCUUCGGCUGCAGGCAUGCUCAGGGCGGUUGGGGCUCUGAACUUGUCGCUUACACACGAGCUGCAUGGCAAAAUCACGCCGGGGUGGCUAAGGAUCAUGGCCAAAACCAAUAAGGUGGCAGAAAGCGUUCUGAAAAGCACCAGGAAGCUCCCAGAGGAGCAGAGAGGCGCAGACUUGAGCGUGCAGAGAACAUGCCAGGAGUAUAAGCAGCGCAUAGGAAACGAAAUUCUGGCGGCUGCGAUACAGCCCUGCUCGCUUCUUUCCCCGUUUAUCCCGCAGCGAAAGCUGCCGCUAGAGGGCCUGCUGAGGCGGGCGGUUGAGCUCCGCGACGCAAGGCUGGUUAGGCUCUUCAUGGAGGCCGAGUCUGGAGAGAGCCUGCAGUACUGCGCCAGAGUGGUGGCAAAGGCAUGCACAGACAGCUAUGGGAGCGCAGACGAGUGCAAUGCCGCGCUGGACACGUUUCUUUGCGGAUUUGCCGACGCAGGCCUGGCAGGAGCCAUUGAGAAAGAGCGGCGCAGCGCGCUGGCUCGCUGGGGAAAGCUGCGCAUCGCAAAGGCGGGGCUGAAGGAAAAAGUUGAAAUACUCAAAGAAAUAGUUGCGUGUGGAAAUGAAAGAGAUGAUGCAGUGAUGCUUUUGCGCGUGAUCAACGAUAUACCCCCGGAGGAGGAGGCGCCCUGCGGCAUAGAGGAAGUGAUUGAAACGAUAAAUCCGUUGCACUUGUUUGAGAGCAUGCAUGAGGUGGCUCGCCUGGAAAGCAUGCAUCCAAAGUAUGCGCUGCUUGCAAUGAAAAGAAUGAUAAGCUGCAGCCCGGGCUGGGGGGUGUUUACGUGGGCAGUCCAUAGGAGCGGGCCUCCUGCAGGCAGCCCGCUGGCUGUGUGCGCUGCAAUGCAGGCAGGAAAAGAGUAUGCAGACGCGAUGCAGGAGAUUGCGCAGACGCCAGGAGAGUUCUUGCUAGGAAAGCUGCCGCAUCUAAAGCUCCGAGAAAAAAGAUAUGCAAGGCCUGAAGCGCCCACGCUGCGGCAGGCAGGGCUGGAGAACCCCAGGAAGGACGCUGAGUGCCGAAAUCUGAGCGCGUGCCUGGGAAGCCUGCUAGAAAAAAACAAGGGGCUUCUAAAGACGCCAAAGUACCGGGAAAAAACCGCGUCGGACAGCAUGGUGAAGAAGGCGUACGCAGAAAUGCAGGACUUUGCGGAGGCUCCGCAGAAAACAGAAGCCUGGAAAAUACUGUGCAGAAACCGAAUAGGCGUGCUGGUGAACAUGCUUUUGCAGACAAGAGAAGCCAAAAUCGUGCUGAACAAAAGAGCAAAAAGGAUAUUUGCGGACGGGUAUCUUCCUGGAGAGGGAACAAAGAUUUUCAAGGUGGAGAAAAGCGUGCCUAUUGUUUAUUCGCUGAAAAGCCCCCGAAUCAUCAAAUUCACGGGAGAAGACGGGAUUUGCCGAGAGUACUUGGUCAAGCUGGAGAAAGACGCAGAGGUGGAAAGGGCGGUGGCGCGCAUGUCCAGGGUUCUUGGCGCGCUGGUUCCAGAUGCGUACGAGAUACUGCGCGGAAGCAUUCUUGUGGCCAAGUAUGUGUGCAACAGCCAGUCGCUGAAAGAGUGCAUUUUGGAGAUCAGACGAGACAAGGAGGCAGAGCGCGGCAUAAAGGGCAGGUCUUUGGAAAGGCGGGAGAGAGAAGAGGUGCGGAAGCUGUGCGCGAACUACAACGACCUGAAAGAGGCAGAAAAGCUCGAAAUCUACCGAAAGGUGACAGACUUUACAGCGAAGGAAAUUGCGCACUGGAUAUGCAAGCACACGCCCACUGUGCACUCGUACAUGGAAAGGGCGCGGCAGUUUUCUAGGACGUACUUGUACAAUAGCCUUGUGGCGUACGCCCUUGGCGUGGGAGACCGGCACCCCGGGAACAUUUUGAUUCUGUCCGACGCGUCGGCAAUGCACAUCGACUAUGUGGACGCGUUCGACACCCUCAGCAUGCGGACAAAGUACCAGGAAAGAGUUCCGAUGCGGCUCACGCCGAUGAUUCUCUCUGCGAUUGGCCCAGAUGCCAUGGAAAGACUGGUCUGUGUCGGGAUGCGCAUAUUCAGGCAGUACAGAGAAGACUUUGUGCUAAUAGAAAGCAUGCUGGCUCUUCUUUUUUCCAAAAGAGCGCAUUUUCGAAAGCUGACACACGAGGACGUGUGCGCAGAGAUCGGCAGGAAGUUGGGCGUGCCCCAGUUUGAGAGAGAGGCCGCGCUGAAGGACAUAUACAGAAGGGCCACCUCCAUAGAAGCUAUAUCCCAAAUGUAUUUUGGAUGGAUGCCUUUUUGGUGA